AUGUUCCAAAAUAUCCCACUGUCAAUCAGCCGUAAACGAGUUUUUGAUUCCGUCUUCCUUUCGGCUCCAUUAAGCAGCAUAUCCCCAACCCCAAUCUCAAGCCCUGUCCAGAGUUUAACACGAGCUGGGGGAACUUUCAGCAGUGAUCGUAAUCAAAGGGAGCUGGAAAACGUACCGGAACAGGUUACUUGGGAUCGAGCCUGGCAUGCCGCAACUACAUUUCUCUCUAUUCCUGACGAGGGCUUCAGAAAUAACGGAGGUGAUGAUGAUGAUGGAACACGGGAUGAAGACACAUUGUUAAAACGGUGGGCAAAAGGGCCUCCGUCCCAACUAGUGUCCGAAAGCCUCUUCUAUGUCGGCGCGGAUUCAUCCCCUGGAAAGGCUUUGCGGCAGGGAUCAAAAGAGGAUGACGUGAAGGAGUGGUAUCUAAGUGAGAUGCGGAGACACUUUCUAACAAAUUUUCGGACUUUUCUCGUUGCGGGAUUGAAAAGCAGAAAUCAGCCUGAUACGUUAUCAAAGCUGGUUCGGUACCUAAGGCUAAUAAGGAGCAUCUAUAUUACCACUUUUCUCUUAUAUUUAUCUCCCCUGUUAGACCCCGCAGACCAAAAACAAAGUCUCGCUCGGAUACAACGGAACUUCCGUACUAUCGUCACGUUUGCCCUCCCUUCCGCAGAUAUUUCAUACCUACUUUCUGAGGAACUUGCUACGCAAAGUUUGAUUAUUCUAGGAGUUCAUAACGAAGAGGACGAAGAAUGUACUCUUGAAAAUGACAGUAUAGCCGAUGAUGGCAUGGACAUCGACCAGAUAUUCACUACUUCAUAUAGCAAGUGGAAAAACGAACCGUCGCCGGAGCGAAGACUGCAAAUGAUUAGUGGGGAAAAUGAGGAAGUUACGCAAACUAGAAAUCAGUUACUGCAUCUCUUAGAGGGCCUUCAAGAAGUCGGGCUUGGGGGGAGCAACGGCCAAAAGAUAUUUGCAAGUGUAAUGAAUAACAUAUUAACCGAGUUUGUUACAUCUGCCUAUGCGGGUCAAUGGGAAUCUCCUUCGCUUGUUGAAGAGCAUUUGCGACAGUGGACCGAACAUGUUUUCGCGAGGCUGGUGGUACGGAUUUUGCAUAUCUUCAAAACUAAUGACGAUGGGGCCUUACCUGAGGAACGUCUGGAUGUCACUCUGGGUGAUGUCAAAAGGUGGCAAGAAAUGGGGAUUGCACGACUGGGCGCCCUGCGGAUCAGUGAGCUUUUCGAUGUCAUCGUCGAGUGGGAUUCGAGCAGCGGCGCAAUCGAGGACUUAAAACAUUAUACGACUAAUCCCGCGACGCGACUAUAUCUGGUUAGUUCCUUUGUUUCUAUGUUGAUACAGCGACUUCUUCACCCGGGCGCCUCAACCGUUGAAAUAUUGCAAAUGUAUAUCUCAAUCAUUCGAGCCUUUAGCCAGCUAGACCCACGAGGAGUGCUUCUAAAUCACGUUGCUCGACCAAUCCGAAGAUAUCUACGAGAUCGCGAUGAUACAGUGAAGGUCAUUGUCGGAGGACUUCUUGCUGACACUGUGGAUGCUGAUGGACAGCCCAUCACUUCAAGUUCAGACACUCUGGUUGAAUUGGCGAUGGAGUUGUCAAAAGCACACGAGCUUUUGCUUCAGGAUGAUUCCGGUGAACUGGACUGGGAUGACAUGAAUUGGAUGCCAGAUCCGAUUGACGUUGCUACAGAUUACAAAAAGUCCAAAAGCUCCGACGUCAUUGGCAGUUUAAUUAGCCUUUUCGAUACGAAAGAGGCCUUUGUAAGAGAGUUGCAGAAAGUCCUUGGGGAGCGGUUGCUUAAAAAGAGCGAAAAUUAUGAUCUAGAAGUAUCUUUGCUAGAGUUACUAAAGCUCCGUUUCGGUGAUUCAGCCCUCCAGGCGUGCCAGGUUAUGCUCCGCGAUGUUCAGAGCUCACAACGCGUUGAUUCAUCCAUUCGCGCAGACAAGAAGCUUGAAAAUGCAGAUGCCAACAUGCCCGACUUGCACGCCAAAAUCUUGUCCCGACUUUUCUGGCCUACAUUGCAAAAUCCCCAAUUCACAGUUCCACCGGAAAUCGCCUCCUUGCAGCAAAAGUACUCCGACGGUUUCGAGUCGUUGAAACAAUCUCGCAAGCUCACCUGGAUUAACGGCAUAGGCCAAGUCACUGUCGAACUAGACCUCGAAGAUCGCGUGUUCACAGCGGAAGUCACAACCUGGCAAGCUGCCGUAAUACAUGCAUUCCAAUCACCAACUCCGUCCCCAUCCCAACCAUCCCCCGUAACCAAAACCGUCUCCGAGCUCUCACAAAAACUGGAAAUGUCUCCCUCCCUCGCCCGUAGCGCCUGUCUCUUCUGGCUCAGCAAGCGUAUCCUCACAGAAACGCAACCUGAUACCUUUCAAGUCCUAGAAAUAAUCCCAGGCGAAGAAGACGAAAAUGGCCCACCACACGUAGGCGGUGAAGCAGCCACCGUCGGUCCAUACUCAACAGGAUCACGCACAACUGGUGUCGGCGGUACAUCGUCAACAAAAAUCUCCUCUGCAGACGCCGUCGCAGCUGCAGAAGCGGCAGAAGAAGCUGCAACGAAAGAAUCUGCAGACGCUGCGUCAAUGGCGAGGAUGGAUCUGUACUGGCAAUUUAUUGUGGGUAUGCUGACCAACCAGGGCGCCAUGCCGUUGCAACGGAUCAUCAUGAUGCUGAAGAUCGUAGUACCCGGUGGGUUCCCGUUUGGCAGUGAAGAACUGCGGGAGUUCUUGAGCCAGAUGGUGGCGAAGGGGAGGUUGGAGGUUGUGAGUGGAGGGAGCUACAAGAUUGUAGCGUAA